UCAAAUAACAGUAUUAUUUUAUUACCGUUUAGUACCAUUAGUAUUAAACAAGUUUAUCUAGCAUUGUAAACUUAUCUAACAGUAUACAUUAUUAUGGUUUAAACAAUGAUAACUAAAACUUGUCAAUAUUUUGUAAUUUAUCACUAAUUUUACUUAAUCUAAUAAUUGGCGCUUAUUUCUCAAAUCCAAAUUUAACCGCGUUCACAGUACUUGAAGUGGGAAUAUAGCAUUGGUGAUUGGUUCUGCCAUUUUGCUUCAAAGCCAAUGAGAACUUUGACAAGACUGGCCAGACUCUCUUCUAGGGACUCUAGUCGCGCUCGUCGUUGUCGCACAUCCCUGUCAAUCCCCCGCGUUCUUGGGUGAAGGCGCAUACCCCGACGCGCCGUUUCGGUAUCGAGUCUCUCUCUUUCUGCGUGGCAUGCAUUCGCGCAAUUCGCGUUUCGCUCGCGGCGGUAGUGCGGACGAGAGGGAAAAAAAAGAGUCUCCUGUUAUUUCCGGGUGUGGUUCGGCUUCCGGCGAUUAAUCCACGUACUCUCUGUGUGUGUGUGUGUGUGUGUAUGUAUGUGUGAGUGUGUAAACGGGCCACGGCUGUACGUUUUUUCGUGGCGUAUACUCCGGACGAUCCUCUCGAGACGUGACGACGUACACAUCGUCGCAUCAUGAGAGCGGCCGCGUAGUCGGCCGAAGGGCAGCCUCGUUCGGGUGGAAAUGAGCUGGGGACGGCGGCUCGUACGCAUUCGUGCCGCGGAGCGCUACGGAGAGUGCCGUUUCCCCGAGGCGGGUCGGCCCGUGCCAUAUCGCCGCUAGUCCUGCACACGGUUCGUUCCGCUAUCGAAACGGCGAGAGCACGCGGACAAUGUGAGAGUUGUGUGUGCGCGUGCGAGCGUGUGCGUGUGUGCGCGUGUGUGCUUGCUCUGAUGUCACGCGAGCGCGUCUGAUUUGACCGAGUUAACGCCGUGGAGCCGUGAAAGAUGCUGGGAGACGACCCACCGUCCCUCUCGGUGGGUACAGAGGUCAGCGCCAAGUAUAAGGGUGCCUUCUGCGAGGCGAAAAUCCGUAAGGUGGUGCGAUCGGUGAAAUGUCGCGUGACUUACAAGCCGCAAGGUUUAGGGACCGCCACGGUCGCCGACGAUCAAAUAAGAGGAACUUUAAGAGUAGGCGCCUCCGUCGAAGUUAAACAUGUAGAUCGGAAAGAACUUGUGGAAGCCACAAUUACGAAGAUUCAAGACUGCAGCCAGUACACUGUGGUCUUUGACGAUGGGGAUAUCACGACGUUGAGAAGAACUGCGCUCUGUCUGAAAAGCGGGCGGCAUUUCGCGGAAAGUGAAACGCUAGACCAACUGCCGUUGACUCAUCCCGAACACUUUGGGAACCCCGUAAUUGGGGGUAGAAGGGGCAGACGAUCAAGGCAAGCGCAGGAUGACAGCAGCGAGGAUGAGGACAGUCCACCGCGAGGCGCUCGUGACACGGCUUCUAGCGGAGGUGCGAAGGAGGGAAUGGAAACUGAACCAGAGAUUGGUAGAGUGGUGUGUGUGGAGCUCGGUGACAAGAAGAAGAAGGACAAUUGGUUCCCAGGACUAGUGGUUGCACCGACUGCUCAAGAUACAGUGAGAAUACGAGUGAGAGACGAUUACUUGGUGCGUUCGUUCAAAGAUGCGAGAUAUUAUACAGUACCCAAGAAGGAAGCUACAGAGUUCACAAAAGAAUUAGUUAACAAAGUUGAAAAUAAUACUUUGAAGGUUGCAGUAGAGAAAGCUCUUCUAUUUUUAGAGAAAAAUGAAUUACCACCCCAUUGGGACAAGGAUUCCUUGUUCGGGCAUUCCAUUUCCAGUGGGAACAGCGAUUACGAUGGAGAACUCGACUCAGAUAGUUCGGACGACGAACCGCGCGAGGAAAAAGAUCAUUUUGUAGCUCAGUUGUAUAAGUUUAUGGAUGAUCGCGGGACACCUAUAAAUGUUUGUCCAAUGAUUGGAUCUGAGGACAUAGACUUGUACCGGCUUUUCCGAGCGGUGUACAAAUUGGGUGGUUACAAUCGUGUCACGAAUCAGAAUCAAUGGAAGGCCGUGACACGGCGACUUGGUUUUACGAUGCAGAAUUCGGCGCCUUUGUACAAUCUUGUGAAACAGGCUUAUAAGAAGGUCUUGCACUCCUUUGAAGAUUUUUAUAGGAAACUAGGCUGCACCAUGGUGAAUCACCCGCGAGGCAGCACGCGUAAGCAACGUCCUGGAAGAAGUUUGAUUCGCGACAAGGACAGAAAUACUCCUAUACCACCACCAGCACCGGCGCAAGUAAAAAGUGACAAGGAUGAAGAUGAGAAAAAAGUUGUGGAGGAUGAGAAGAAAGAGAAGAAGGAAGUUAAGAAGGAGCCAGUCAAGGAAGAAGAAGUUGUCAAGGUAAAAAAGAAGGAAGAAUCCGAGGGAAACGGUAGCGGCCAGGAAAGCGACGUAAAUGUGGAAGCAGAUAUCGAAUCGUCGUCCAAUAAUGAAAAAUCGCCACAAAAACCGUCCACGCAAAUUUCCACGUUAUCUCCCACUUCGUGCGGUACUGCAGCUGCGUCGUCCAGUCGGGUCAAGUCGAAAGGUAAAGAAGACACCAAGAAGAAGGUGACUGAAAAGAAGAAGACGGAGACCAAAAAGCAAGAGAAGAAAGAUGAGAAGAUCAAGGAGGAAGAAGCCACCAAGACAAGAUCCAAGGCGAAAGAUGACACCGUGAGAAAUAAAGGUGCCUCCGAAGGAAGGGAGACUCGGACGCCGUCUCGAGAGGCAGACAAGAAAACUGUGUCUAAGCAGCGGCGCUUAACGGACGAGGAAUUGAAGAAACGAGGAAGAAAACGUAAGGAGUAUGAAACGGAAAAGUCGCGUGCGGACGAGCAGCUUGCGGAGACCGCGCCUAGCUACAAAGGUCCCGUGGAGUGUGGCGACAAGUUGAAAGUGUAUUACGGCCCGACGCACGAGUCCAAAGUUACUUACGAGGCGAAAGUCAUUGAGAUAGAGAAGGAAGGCCCAAUGUACCUUGUACAUUACACGGGUUGGAACACCAGGUACGACGAGUGGAUCAAAGCGACUAGAAUCGCUCAAAAUAUUACGCAAGCUCAGGGUAGAAUAAAGCGCGUCAAAGCAACUCCUAGGCCCCAAACUCCUAGCACGAAUUCGUCCAACAACGUCAACAAGCUGAAAGGUACUUGCAAUUCGAGUGCCAAUGCAUCGCAGAGUCGUCGCCGGGCGCAAAGUGUCGCUCCUACUUCUAGCGCCGUUCAGUCAGCUUCGACAUCUGCAAAGGAAGGCAAGAAGGAGGAGAAGGAAAAGGAUACGGUACAGCCGACUAGGUCCACUACACCGCUAUCUAUCGCCAGUUCUAGUUCCAGAACCAAAAGUCCGGCCACACCCGCCAAUAGGCCAACCAGAACAACGAGAAAUGCCGAGUUAUCCGGAAUAGAGCAUCGUAGGCGUACCAGAAGAACCUCGGGACAUACAGACAUAUCAGUCGCAUCGGAAAGCGAAGAUAGCGAGGGUUACGAGUCCGAUACCACCGAGUCCGAGCAAACCAAGACCAGGUUGAGAGGUAUGGAAGAGAGGAAACGGAAGGAGGCGCGAGGCAGAGCAGAAGAGAGGAUUAGAACGGACGAUGCAAUGGUGAGCGACGCUGACGAUGACAAGGACAACUUGGAUGAGCCACGCAAGGGUAGGCGUUUAAGAAGAACUCCCGGUAAAUCUCAAGGUAUCAAGUCCGAGCCUGAUAGUGAUCAAGAGGAGCAGCCGAAGGGUCGAGACUUCGAUCUCAAUCAGAUACGAUCUGAAUUGAAAGGUUUCGACAAAGCUGUCAAGAUGGAAAUAGUCAGAAUGGAACCUGAUGACGAAGUCAAGUUGGACGAGAAGGAGAGCGUGACUACCGCGUCCACGGCGUCGCCCAAAUUGGAGAAAGCUAUCGAAUCCCCGAAAGUGGAGGUUGUCGAGACGAAGGUGGAAAGUACAGAAGAUAUAUAUGAAUUUAAAGAACCGGAGCCGUUCGAGUUUGAGGUACGAAAUAAAAGAGAUACCACCUGUGACAAAGAUAAACUGAAGAAGAGAAUGUUUGAGGACGAAGCCAAGAGUCCGAAGAAGAAGCCAAAGACACCGGUUACGAGCUCGGUGACGAAGGAAACGAAAUCGGAACCGGCGGAAAGCGACUCUCGGAAAAAACCGAGGAAAUUGUUCAGCAAGAGAUCAGACGACGCGCACGAGACGGUGACGACUACGUCGGGCAAACCGCCGCAGGUCGUGUCGUGCGAAGACGUUUUCAAUAAGCUAUGCGAGUCGUCCACAUCGUCGUUCAGUCAAUUGAAGUCAACCGUUGCGGAAGAGUCGAGUAACAAGGCGGCUGGUUUAAAUCUCUUGUUCAACGACUUGCCAGCGGACGAUGAAGUUACGCGCGACGACUCUGAGGACCGUCUGAUCAUUUCGGAAACCGAGGUAUCGGAGGCGGAGCAAGAAAAUAUGUUUGCAUAUCAGCAAGAGAUUCAGUUCCAAGGCGGCAAGUCGCCGAACGCGGUGGAAUUAAAUAAGAGCGAGACGAACGCCGCGGCUGAGGCGAAGGAAGAAAUGUCGAUGAUCAGCACGAGCAGUAAUAAAUCUGCUAACAUUCCGGAUCAGAAACCGAACCAGGUCAAGUCGUUGCCAGGUCAAAUCGCUGCUAGUCAGUCGCAGGCAGAGUCGAAGACGUUGGAUUCAAAGUUGCUCGACAUCGUCCCGGUUCCGUCGCCUAUCGUGACGCCGCCUGCUCCUAUAAGCGCGCGACUGCCGGCGACAUCCACGAUCGAAGAGAAAUUGUCAGCUGCCGCGAUGGCAUUCCGAAGCAAAGCUAAAGACGUUAAGAAGACUUCGGACGAGGAGGCGCUUGAUGUCGUGCGCGUAAUCAAGGUACUGAAGGAAACGUCCAAGAAAUUAGACACUCCUAAUCUCCUUCACAGAGGAAAGGAUACGGAUUGCGUUAUUCCCGCGGCCGAAGUGGAUAAGAAAUGCGAGCAGGAAAAGAACGAUGAGAAUCUGCGCAGAGAAAUCAUGCGCGCGAUCGCGAAGCGGAAGGAAGAAGAGAUAUUGAAGUUGAAGAAGGAAGCGGAAGAGAUAUCGAAGCCGAAGAAGUUCUCAGAGGCGAAGGCACAGGUUGCCGAGCACAAGAUCAAAUUGCAGGAGGUCACGAGAGACGAGGGUUGGAGAAACGCCGGGUACGAGAUGCCCGACAAGAAGCCCGAGGAGGAAUACAAAACGACGGAUCAGAAGGAGAAGGACAGGAUUGAUAGUCGCAAGAAACAAAUCAAUCAGGAUAUUAUAGAUUCCACGGAUAGCAGUGAUUCAGAACAGAGGCUCGUGAUAGACAACGAGGAGCCGCAGGACGUUAAAGCGCCGGUGUCCACCUUCGACGUGAAGCUACAAGCGGAAUUGGAUUGCACGGAGAGCACGCAGGAGAGAUACGCGAGGUCGCAGGCGUUGAAGACUUCGCAAAGUGUUCAUCAACAGGAACAGGAGUCUUGUUGCGUGGAGUUCAAGACUGACGCGAUGCCCGUUCUAAAGACGGACGAGGAGGGCGAGACAAUGAAUUCGCUGCUGUGCGAAGAGGAGAUACCUGGCUCGCCGGCCCCGCUACCCGAGGGCAUCGAGCAAGCCAGCGUCGGUUCUUCGCGCAGUCCACCGAAGAACGAAGUCACGGAAAGUAGCCUGGUGCUGAUGGAGAUGCCCUUUGCGAGUGCACCGACCUCGAGUCAAAAUGCAACGAGCAACAGUACCGUCGCUACCCUCAGCAUGGCUUUGCCGAAGACCAUGGAAACGUCAAUGCCGGGUUCACUACCAGCGCAACAGAACACUGCUUCAAACAUGCGGCAGUCGCAGCAGCAGCAGCAGCAGCAGCAACAACAACAACAACAACAACAACAGCAGCAGCAUAUGUUGGCUCUGAUACCACCACGACGAGGGAGCAACGAAGCCGCGCCGGUGAUGGACAAUACGCCGCCGACGACGCCUGACUCGAGCAUCUCCAACAUUUCGGGCUCGCCUAGGGACGAGAGAACCGGUGGUUCGUCGCCGGCCUCCGAGGACAACGUCAAGCUCAAUCGCGACAACCCCGAGGCGGACCAUGACGACGCUGGUAAAUGCUUGGGCCUCAGCGAGGACGACAUUUUACCCAACUCCGAAGCCAACUCCGCAGAUAGAAUUCUUAAGCCGCCUGCCAAACGUACGAUCGAAGACAUGCAGUCACCUAAGAAACGCAAGAGGAAUAGAAAACACUCGGAGUGCGGAAGCGGCAGCAUCGGCGUCGGCGUCGGCGUCCCCGAUGGCAUCGGCGUUGGCGUAAGUGUCGGCGUUAAUGCUGGCGUGGACGUUGGGAUUGGUGUCGACGUCGGCGUCGGUGGCAGCGGCAGCAGCAACAGCAACAGCAAUAGUGGUUGCGGCGGCGGUGGCGAUGGUGACGGCGGUGGCAGUGGCGGCGGCAGAGGUGGCGGUGGCAAUGACAGUGGCAAUGUUAGUGGCUACGGCAACGGCAAUAAUGGUAGCGGCGGCGGUACCAUUCCGAAGAAACCUGGCAGACAAAACGGUAGGCACGGCAGAUACGGGCCUGGAAGCGACAGCGACGACACUAGCGAGGGAUCCAAUCUCUGCGGGGUCAACAGCACGCCGACGAGUCACAUCACUACCAUCACGAACGUGCCCGAUCUCAGCACCUACUCGUCGAGAUCGCCGAGACCGACAAAGUACAAUUUUUACGUCGAAUUGGAUCCGGAAUUGGAUGGUAGUCAAAGGAUAGCUGUACUACAGCAGAAAUUAACUGAAUUACGGAAGACGUACAAUGCCGUAAAGGUUGAGCUUGCUGCUAUAGAAAGACGUCGGAAAAAACUAAGAAGGCGAGAACGAGAAGCAAUGAAAGCAGCUAAGGCAGAAAUGCAGCAGGCUUGUUCGUGAUAGAAAGUAUGAACAGUUACUAUUCUCUCUUCGAAUAUUAAAUGAGAUUAUUGGAUAAGAAUAUUGGCACGGGCAUCAUGCAAUCACGCCAGCCACUUCAUGACAAGUUUUAUCUAUGUAAUCGGUUAGAUAACAUUUAGCCUUGCAAUCUAUCUUUAUUUAAAUAAACUGUAGAUAUAGUCGUAAGAUUUAAUGUAACGAGAAUACGAGUUAGUCUCAGAACAGCAAAUUUAUUCAUAUAUAAUGUAGUUGUGUUACUGUACAUUAUAUAUUCCAUUAAUCUUUCAUAGUCUAAAUGUUAUAAAACUUUAGUCUCAUUUUGGCAUUUUGCAUGUUCGGAUGCAAAGUACAAAUUAUCAAAACUGAUGAUCCUCGUUUUUAUUUCUCUCCAGUGCUUUUUUUUUCUUAUAAGAAAAAGGCCAGUGAGCUCUAUAAUAUACUAGAGUGGUCCUAUUGUUCUCGAUGUCGUCGAGAGAGAGAGGUGCUGUUAGGUGAAUCUCUGUCUCUUCCUCUACUGACCGGUCAACGAUUUUCUAUCUUGCCUUAUACGAGUGAGCUAGAAAUCGUGAAGAUUGUCGACCAAUUAGAUAAUAGAGAAAGAGAGACAGGGACUUACCCAACAGCACCUCUCUUUUGGCGGCAUUGAGAAUAAUAGGAAACAAUAGGACCACUCAUUCCAGUAUUAACUUACUGGAAUCGGAGCGCACUGAAAAAGGCUGAGAGAGCGUUAUCGACGUGUUAUUGUAAAGACAUAUUGGGGAACAAUUAUCUAAGCUGGCUAUCACUUCCGUUUCUCGAGUACGAUUAUAUCAGUUGUAAUUGAGCUGUUUUCACAAAAUGUUGAAGAAAAGAGAAGAGUCACAGGAAGGAUUAUACAAUGAUUAUACAGUCACGCGUGAAAUGUUGCGUUUUUUUAAUAUUGUAACAAAUGAGUGUAAAUACUAGAAGCUAGCAAAAUUUCUUAAACCAUGGAUACAUUGUAUUGCGAGAUAUACACAAUUAUACAUACAUAUACACAUGUUUGUAUGACGAAAUAUUGUAUAUUAAUACGCGUAUGAAAUAAAGCGAUUCCUAACUAUUAGAUUAAAAACGAGGACUAGCAUUUUGUGUCUACUUUAAUUUAUGUAUAUAACCUUGUAAAGACGAU